UACCCCAAAAAUCGAGUGGUAUUUGCUGAAAUUGUAGUGUAAAUCUAUUCUUUGGACCUUCCUGCAGUGUAUUGUGGUGAAAUUUCUUGGGAAAGUGUAGAAAAUUGGGUGAUAAUUGGGCAGAGAGAAAACCGGUGUCGGGAAGUUGUGUGAGAGCUUUUUUGGGAGAAAAUGGCGGAUGCAUCAAUAGACUUGUAUGCGGACGAUUUGGACCAAGAUUACAACCAAAAGGACGACUUCGGCGGAGAUGGGGUGGAUUUGUACGAUGAUGUGCUGACGGCGCAGCCGGGGGGCACUCCACGCUCCGAUGGCGGCGGCCAAGGGGGCGACCGCUCGCUGGACAGGUCAGAGACUUCCGAGACGAAUGGCGGAUACCAUCAUGUCAGCAACAACCUGGCGCCCAAUCACAUGGGAAGACGCUAUCAACUGUACAUCGGAAACCUCAAUUGGUGGACCACGGAUCAGGACAUUGCGGACGUGAUUGAGGAUAUUGGCGUGAAAGAUUUUCAGGACGUGAAGUUCUUCGAGAAUCGCGCCAAUGGCCAAUCGAAGGGCUUCUGCGUGAUCACGCUAGGCUCUGAGUCGAGCAUGCGCCUGACCAUGGAUCGCCUGCCGAAGAAGACAAUGCACGGCCAGAUUCCGAUGGUCACGCCGGCCACGAAGCAGGCGCUGAAUCAGUUCGAGAGCCAGCAGAAGACGCGCCCCAAUCCGCCGCCCACGAACGGGCCUCGCGGACCACCGUCGUCCAUGGGCGGCCCACCGCCGCAUCAGGGCGGUCCGCCGCCCGGUCAUCAGCCGCGCAUGAUGAACCCGAACGGGCCGCCGCACAUCCGUGGGCCGCCACACAUGCAGGGCCAAAUGCGGCCCGGAGGUCCGCCCGGGCAGCCCGGAGGACCACGAAUGGACAUGCAAAUGCACCAGGGAGCGCACAUGAAUCAGCCACCGCAGGGGCCACAGGGGCCGCCUAGGUUCCAAUCCCAGUCCCAGUGGAAUGGGCCGCCGAGACCGUCCGGCCCGCCGCGCCAGGGUCCAAUGCCAGGCGGGCCAUCUGGACCGCCCCAGCACCGACCAAUGUUCCAAGGUGGGCCUGGCGGACCACCGCGAGGAGUGCGUCCGGAUUGGAAUAGGCCGCCGAUGCACGGUGGAUUCCCGGGUCAGGGACCGCCGCAAGGACAUCCACAGGGGCCGCCUCAUAUGCAAGGACCCCCACGCGGUCCGCCGUCACAGCCAAUGGUGGGGCCUCCACAUGCGCCCCAUCCACAGCCGGCGCCGCACGUGAAUCCGGCCUUCUUCAACCAGAGCGGUGGUCCGGGAGCGCCUCAACAUCCGCCAAUUGGGCCUCCACAUGGUGGGCCGCAGCAGAACAUGCAGCCACAUCCGCCGCCACACUUUGGCCAGGGCGCUCCGCGUGGCCCGUGGCCAGGAGCUGCCGGGAAGCCCGUGGGACCGCCAUUCCCGGAUCAGGGCAUUCCGACGCCGCAAGUCAGUGAGGCGGAAUUUGAGGAGAUCAUGGCGAGAAAUCGCACAGUCAGCAGCUCAGCCAUCGCCAGAGCCGUUUCUGAUGCCGCCGCUGGAGAGUAUUCGUCAGCCAUUGAGACUCUGGUGACGGCGAUUUCGCUGAUAAAACAGUCUAAAGUGGCUCAGGAUGAGCGCUGCAAGAUCCUCAUAAGCUCCCUGCAGGACACGCUGCACGGCAUUGAGACGAAGAGCUACAGUCGUCGCGAGAGAUCUCGCUCACGAGAUCGAUCUCACAGGCGAGCACGUCGCGAAAGAUCCACAUCGCGGUACCGUGAGCGAUCACGCGAGCGCGACCGUGACCGUGACCGCGAGAGGGACAGAGACCGCGAAGGGCGCUAUCACAGCGAGAGUAGCAGCUAUAGGGAGAGCACUCGCGAGGGCCGCGACAGAUCCAGAAGUCGUGAACGUGGCGGCGGAAGCGGAGGCGACGGAGGUGGAAAUGCUGAACACUACAGAGACGAGAGUCGUUCGCGUCCGAGAAAAUCUUCGGAAUUGGGUGGAGGUGACAUGAAGUACUACAUGGAUCCGACACGCGACAGGGAACGCAUUCGGCGUGACGAUGAGAGACGACAGGAUCGUGAUGAGCACCGUUCGCGACAUUAAACCAACACAGCCGUGCGCGCCACUCAUCGAUGAAUGACUAUUCCUCAUUUUCACACACGCCAGCGUCUCUUCGGUCGAGAGAUGAUCAUUGAAGUUUGUCAUUAUCCCCCCCUUCAGCUAUAGUAACGUAACGCUGUAUUAUCAUAGAAUUUCCUGUGAGACUACUGCAAGCACAGAUGGAGAGAACUAGUGAGAGAUUUUAGGCGUUUUCCUCGUGAGGAAGACACACACACGCAGUAAAGCAGGAACUUCAACAGAGAGAUGUGAAUGAGAGAGAAGAGCAGUAGUCUUCAAGGGUAGAUGUUGAGAAGAGUAUACAUACUAAAAAAAAAUACUUAAUGCAAGAGAGAGAGAGAGAGUGGCUGACAUUUGGAAGGACUCCAACGACGAGUGGACAAAGAGGUAUUUAUUCAUCCGAAAACAUUAAGGAACGCAACUUCAUCGAUGGACACCGUCGUCGUGGGAUGAAGAAGAAUGUAUUUGAAGAAAAAAAGAAUCAAUUAAUUAUUUAGAAGUAAAAAUGUAUGUGAAAAACCUUGAAA